AUGAAUAGCUACAGGACAGGUUACUUGAUUGGUCGAGAGUUACAUGAUCGAGUUCUAGAAGGCGCAAGUAGGUCGAAGGACACGUUGUUCCAAAUUUUGUUAAGCACAGUGAUUUGCUUGUGCUGUCUAAAAGAAAUGGCGUCAACAUCUGCAAAAAAGACCAAAGGAAGUUCAGCUCGAUUCGUAGAGAUCUUAUGGGCGAUGGUUAACGAUGAAGAUGAGAUAAAGAAAUGCGGUAAACACAUAUCGUGGAAUGAGGUAUUUUUAAUAUAAUUGAAAAAUGUAAUAUUAGCUUACUGUUUGAUCAGAAUUAACUUCUUUUCUUACUGACCUGCACGCUUUUUUGAAAGUUUUGUAAGCUGUAUUAAAAUGAUAUAGAAUGAUUCAAAAUAAUGAUGCUUAGCUUACUCACAUUCCCUAUUUUUCGCAGAAUGGAACUGGUAUCUUAAUCAAAAAUCGAAACAAACUUGCCUGCCACGUGCUUCCCAUGUAUUUUAACACUGAAGACUUUGCAAGCUUCCAUCGUCAACUAACUAAUUGUAAGUAUACAAUCAGUUUUUAGACACAAUUGCUGCAUCCCUUGCGCAGAAAAAUGAAGCUGUAUGCUCCCCCAUUGGAGGACUUAAUGAGCCUCCCAAGAGAGUUAUAUGAUUUUGGACUUAGAGUGGGGUUUCUAUAAUAUUUAAAGGGGCUGUAUCACGGCAGUCCAGUUCAUUUUGUUUAAUUUUGCCAGUUACUCGCCCUCAAUCGCUAUGGAACUUAACGUAAGCAAAGAAAUUACUUGUAAAUGACACAAGCAAAGAUUCGAGAAAACUAAAUAUGUCUCCUAAGCAUUAUUUUUGAAGUUACAAACAGGCCGGAGAUCAACUUUGAAAAACUGUUAGGCUGAACAGUUUUCAAAAACCCUAUGAAUUUCAAUCCGUUUCAAUUUUGUUCAGUUUUGCCCAUCCAUGACAUCUGUUGUAUCUGUUGUGAUAUUUUAACCUUCCUUUAGUGUUUGAAGUGGUUAUUUUUACGUUUCUGUUAAAUUAACGGGCAUUUUGUAAUUACCUAAUUUGGCUGAAUUUCGUGACACAGUUCCUUUAAUGUGUUUCCUACAUGUAGAACUGUGUACCGUUUUAGAAUUUCAAAUUCACCUAAGAAAAAUAAUGAACAACACUUCUACAUAUGUAUAGGGAUUCAUAUGGGGAAACUGUUGCCACAUUUCAAUACCCACCUAAAACAUGGCUUGAGUAGUAGUUAAUUAGAACUGAUCUUGUUUGUUACUCGAUCCUUUGAGCUGAAUUGGAGACCUCUCUCACAUGAAACGUCCUCAGAGGUACUGAGGGAGUGAAGAGAGGCAGCUGGAUAUAUUUACAGGCUUGUAAUAACAUAGAAAACAUGUUUUAAAAAUUUAUUGUCUUUUUUUUUUGAGCAGAUGGAUUUAAAAAACUCCAGGAUGUGGAGAGGGAUGAGUUUAUGAAUGAAAACUUCAAAAGAGACUUUCCAGAGUUACGGAAGAAUAUCAUCAAAAAAAAGGUGAGUACACAGGUCAUGAAUCUUCUAAUAUAUAGAUUUAGCCAGGGCUAAAAGCAAAGCUCCCAUUAAUAAAUUUAUUAUUUAAAUCAAACAAUAAACUUGUAAUCCACAAAUCAGUUAACGUUAGAGCACAUUCAUGUGACUUUUGAGGGAAAGGCUAAGUGGUUUUGGAGUGAAACAUGUUACAUCGAGUUGAUAGCCUUAUACAUAAUGUGCACCCAAAAAAUAGCAAUCAUCUUUGAACACAUUCAUGAGCCAGAAUGGCUCUUGAUCACAGUAGAUUAGGCCUGGAAAACAAAUUCUUGGAAAACAAGUCAGGCUGAAUUUUUUGCUUUCAACAAGUUUACUUUCCAAAAUCUUACCAACAAAUCUGGGGAUGUGUAAACCUUGACCUUUUGUACUUUUUAUUCAUCACAUCUGAGGUGAAACAGUACUUUUUAUCAUACAGACCUCAGACAGAAUGCAGUAUUUUACAAUUUUUCAAGACAAAUUGCACUAAGUCAAUAUUCAGGACGAUCAAUCGUGGGGUUUUAGCGAAACUGUUCAAAAAAUUUCCAAAAGCACCUAUACGGCCAGCUGGUUCUCACUUGUGACGAGCGCCAAAUUUGCAGUGAACAUUAAUAGAGUUACACUUCAACAUAAUAAAGAAUUAUAUUAAAAAAAUUAACUUUUUUUUUAAAUUUAAUCUAUGGUUUUAUAACGAUGUGUAAUCAUAAAAGGCAUUUGAUACACAUGGCAUUUUGAGUACUCCUGCAAGCAAUGUUUAUGAACGACUGAAAACAAACGGCACAGCGAUUAAAAUUGCAAAAUUGCAAGAGAGACUACUAACAAUCAAUAAAAGAAAUAUAAUUUGGUGAAACAUUUACAGAGACAACAAUAUUUUCUUUCACAAAGACAAGUACUAAAGUUUUUUCUAAAACUCCAGAGUCUUAAAGCUUAUAGAGCUUAUUAUAAGUUUAUGUUGGCCUCCCUGUGUUUGCUUUUUUCAAUGAUGAACUCGAGGCAAGAAAAUUGCUCAAUUAAGUUUUCAUUCUAGAGCCACAUUUAUAACUAAAUAUUCUUCGAAAUGUUUUCUUCCUAGAAAAUAUAUCUGAAGGCUUUUUAAAGUUCUGUUUACUAAGCUUAUAUCAAACCUGAUACUACAAUCAUGGACAAAAGUCUUGGGACACUUUUGUUAUUCUGGGGCGUUCAAUUCACACAGGUUCAACCCCUCCCCUCACCCCACAAACAAUGUUGGACACGUGUAUCCAGAUUUUUUUUCGAGUUUCAACUUUGUAUAGGGUGUGGGGGAGAGAGUACUGCAAUAAAUUUGCGAAAAGGAUGCACUGCUUUAAGAGGGAACCAAGAAAUGACAAAAAAAUAUGAAUAUUGCAAUACUGUCCCAAGGACUUUUGUGUAGGAUUGUAGGUCAGAUCAUUGUCUCAAAUCUUACAAAUGUGCAUAAACUUGCGGCAUAAACUGUGCUCGACUUCAUGAAAAUAGAUGUAAAAAAACAAAUAUCAAAUACAAUAAUUACUCAGGCUUACCAUUCAAGAUGCAGCUCCUGAAAGCUAUCAAGUAAGGCCAGAAUCACUUGAGACUUUUGAACCCUCUUUUGCAUCAAGCAAGAUGAAAAAUGAAAACCAUCCCAUCCGAAAUCAGAUUUCUGACUUUGACAAGCGACACAUCUCUCAACCAAAAAACCAAUAAACAAACUAGCCAUGAAUAACAGAAGACUCUUGAUAGCAGCUGUAUUUCAUUUUGUACAUUCAGUGGAAAAAGAUAGAACUUUAAAAACAUCACAAGUUGACACAAAAGUCUAGUGUGAUCAACUGCAGCUGUCAAAGUAAGCAAGUUUCAAGAUGCUGCAUAAAUUUUCAGCAUGUACUCACAUUUCAAAUUUUGACCAAUCAGAGCAUAAAAAUUGGACGUAGAGCAUGACCAACGGGUGACCUUGGUAAGAAAAGGUCUUCCCUGACUGUAUUUCUAAAUAACUGGCUGAAUUUUUGCAUCCAAGGUUAGUGUGAAAUCAAAAUCUUAAUAGUGUGGGGCGAUGGUGACAUAAACACAACAUAUAUCAUAUGAAUUUUUAGAAAAUAAACUUGAGCCUGUGAUCAUUUGAAAACUAGUAACUUGUCAGCAGAUAACUUCAAAAAAGUAUUCGACCUCGAUGGGUCGACACCUGAGCCCGUGAUAAGGUCAGGUGAUACUGGUCAGUGGUUACCUUGUUUUGACAGCUGUCAAUUGAUCCAUGGAUAUUAUCUAUGAUUGAUCACAACAUUUUUCUCCUGGGCUCCCAAAGUAGUUAGAAAGUGUGAAAGUAAACAUUGGUUUUCCUGUGGUGUGGACGGACAAUCAUGUGGUCGGCUGGUUGGUCGGUCGGUGAAUGGUGACGUGAUUACCAAAUUUUCUGGGAUAGUUAGAUUUAAUUAGCUAUGGGGCUUCGUGCAUGUGGAGCUUGGCUAUUAAUUAUGAGCACUUGACAGUUAGCCUAAAUCCACUCCUGAGUGCACAUGCAUAUGGCUGAUAUAAAAAUUCACAACAUUUCAAAAUUAUUUUCUUCUUGUAGAAUCCAGGGGUUUCGAUUAGAGUUGAAGUAGCCAGCAGGUUUGAAUAUAGUAACUGACUGUAUCAACAAGAGUCUGUUGGUCCCCUUCUUCUAGCGGGGUCUGGGGUGCAUCAGUAGCAGUGUAUACAGUAUAAUUAUAUGAUGACAAUGAUUUAUAAAAUUAAUUAUGUUCAUUUGCAUGUCAACAGAAUAAUCUUGUAUAGAUUAACCUACAGGUAUAAGGAAAUGUGUAAAAAAUUGAUUGGAACAUGUAACUAAAGCAUAGCAGUGCAUACAGUAUAAAAUUUAUAUGAUGACAAUGAUUUAAUUAUGUUCAUUUGCAUGUCAUCAAAUUUUGUAUAGAUUAACCUACAGGUAUAAGGAAAUGUGUAAAAAAUUGACUGGAAUACAGCAUUAACAUGUUAAUAAAGCAUAACAGUAAACCUGUGGGCAAACACUUUUAUGAAAACACAAAAUAUAAGUUUACAUUCAGAUUUUGUGAUAUAUUUUUUGUUUAUGUAUUAUAAAAACUGGUUGCUUCUUCUUUCGGGAAAAAAAUAGCUGUCUUCUUUGGGUAAAGUAGCCGACACUUUUUGUGGUCGUCGGUUCUUAUUGAAACCCCUUAGAAUCCACAGAAAUAAAUAGAACCAUCUAAAAGUUCUGCCAAGGAGGUUUCAUUUGAAUGGUAACAAUUAUGUCAUAAUCUGCAAGUGUGCACUGUAUAUAUUUCAAUCAUUUUGACUGUUUAGUUUGGUAUUACUGUUCUAGGCACACUUUAUUUUUUUUAUGGGGUAUGGGGACUGGUGGGGUUUGAUGGCUUAGCAUUGUUAGUAAUAAAAUUAAUUAUGACCCCCCCCCCUCUUCAUUAGAACGUUUUUCACCUGCCCCCUUCCCAGGUUGAAGCCUUAAACUUUUGAGAUGACCUCUGCCCCCCCCCCUCCCCCCUCCCCCACAAAAGAAAAGAAAAUCAUCAUGAAACAUUCAAAGUUAUUAAGCUGAACUUAAAUCAUACUUAAAGCGUUGAGGUCAAUUUUAACAUUGUAGUAGGUUUCAGAAUGUUGAACACCUAACUGUAAAGUAAUGGUCGGGGGUUCCAGUGUUAUUUCUUUCCCCCAAAAAAAUUUAAACUAGUUUCACUGAUCAGCCCUUGAACCGCUUGUGACAUCAUCAGUUUCACCAUUCAAAGAAAACUUUAAGUCAGCUAACUUGUGUAGGGUGAAGAGGUCUUUCAAACCAUACUAGAAUGUGCAUGAUUCAGUCAAGGAGGGCAGAGUGGAGAAAAAGAAAAUAAAAAAACAUGACUUUGUACAGUUGACCCAGAAAUUCGCAUAAAAAUCUGGCUCCACUUAACCUACCUACCAUUUUUUUCAUCUAAUACUAAGAUCCUAAAAGCUUUCCCUAAAACUUUUCCAACUGAAAUGAACCUCACUCGAUACCCAGGAAAAGAGAAAAAUGAGGUAAGAAAAGCAAAAGAAGAGGAGAGGAGAGAAAGAUAUUAAAAAACUCGAUAGACUGCUGUAUCAUUUUCAAAAUGUUUUUGAAAUUUUGCCUUCUACACAUGCCCGUACUUCGGAAGCUAGCUACUAUUUUGCAUCUGGCGGAGGAUACAAAGGCCACAAAGUGUAGAGUCCUCUUUGUAGACAGACACUGAUGAGAAAACAGCUCAACUAUGUAGUUCAAAACAAGUUCAAUAAAAGUAGAAAAAAAUAUAUAUAAAAAAGCUUUUUUUGUAAAAUGUAUGUUUUUGACUGCAGUCAUGUAAAUUAAAGUAAAUCACUGCCCUUUACAUAUUACAUUUUUUGUCUGCGUCAAAACAAGUUCAAUAAAAGUAGAAAAAAAUAUAUAUAAAAAAGCUUUUUUUGUAAAAUGUUUGUUUUUGACUGCAGUCAUGUAAAUUAAAGUAAAUCACUGCCCUUUACAUAUUACAUUUUUUGUCUGCCCCUCUUUGAAUGAAGCCAUGAUAAUUAUGGCUUAUUCCUUUUGGAAUGGCUCGUCCCCCUUAAAUCCCAUCAACCCCACCCACCUGUUACAAAUGAACAGAAUGGAUGCUAACUGUACAGUUUGCUGUCACUUGCAAUGCAACAGCUACCUUAACAACGAUCAUACAAGUACUUCCUUGUAACGUUAAUGUUUUUGUAUUUUUUACACAGCCACCUGACAAGCAUCAAAAAGGUACACAGAUUGAUACUACAUUGUACACAUUUUGAUAGCGUUUUUGUUAAUAAUAAAAGCAAGUUGUGGCCAUGCUGUAUGACCAACUCUUUAAGGGAUGUAUAGCUAAGGAAAAGCCAAGCUGGCUUUUGUAUUAGUCGACAAGCUUGCUUUUUACUCAACUGCACCCUCGAAAUUACCCCUUGUCUUUAUUUUCUAGAGUAAUUUAAGCUGGUGGUAAGCUGUCUUUCAGCUGAUGAAAUAAGUAGAAGCCUCUUAGUGACUGACAUCCCUCCUCUUUUAUCGUCUGUCUCAUGAUAAUGAAUUUUAAUAUUGAUCCUGAUCUAUCAUCUACAUGAAUGGGGAUCAAAAGUAUUGGGACCUUUCCAUUGAUAUUAGCACAAAUAGCAACCUUCCCCCUCCCACUCCAAACAAUGUUGAAUUUUGAACAGAAAUAAAUAAAGAAUAAAAAAUAACACAACACAAGGGGGGUGGAAAUGAGUCUUGCUUGGAUGUACAGCUGUAACAUUGCUGGGAGGGGAGUGGGGAAUGAAGGGAUGAACCCAAAUCCUAUAAUAUACAUUAGGAGCAGAGUCCUAUGUAACAAUUCCUUGAAGAGGACUUGUCACAGAUGUUCUUUUGACCUCCAUUAUACCUACUCCUUGUGUUGAUCAGACCAUGGUGUGGAUUGCUGAGUGGGGCUAUUAUUAGCACCUUCGUUGCUAGUGACUGGUGCAUUAAGAACUUCUCUCAUGGUGGUGGGUUUUGUUUCCAGGCAUUGUUGGUAUUGCUGUCCCUGCGGGGUUUCUGAGCCCUUUACAGUCCCUACACUUGUACGUGGAUAUACAUACAAUCAUAUGGAAUCGACUAAGAAAUUAAUUAAAAUAAAAAAAAUAUAUGCUGGUACACUAGGCAAAAUCAUCCCUAUUGAAACAAAUCAGACGAACCGCUCACUGUGUGAUCGAGUCUCUCAUAGCUCUUGAUGGUUAGAGCCUUCAACUGGAAACUGGAAGGUCAUGGGUUCCAUUUCUGGGCAGUUUGUUAUGUACACAGCUGUUUUUGAUAUCUAUUUCCGUUUCAUCACAUGGUUUGUUUUUUAACAUAUUUUUUAUUUUUUCCUUUGUUUAUUGUUAUUACUUUACGUGUUUUAAAACAGUUAUUUUUAGUUGUGGGCCUCCUAUAAAUGGCUUUUGGUUAAGUGGAGUUUCCCGUGAAAUAAAGAAUUACUUAAUACUUCUGCUAAACAGAGAACAAAGAAAUAGAUUAUGUUGUCUUGGAGGAGGAAGAUUUAGAUAAGCGCUGCCUGAAAUAAGAGCUGCACCUACACGUCGUACCAUCAUAGCAAUGAAAGAAACUUCAUGACUUACCUAUUUUGUGUAUUUACGCUCGUAAUUUCUGUUCCUUAGGCUCAAGUGCACGUAUAAAGAGUGUAAAAACUCAUUCAACCCAGAAUUCUUUUUCCACGUCAAUACCGCGUAAUCCUCAGGUAAAGUUUCAGAUAAGGUAUUAUUUAUCAAUCCUACUACUGUAUUGUGAUUAUUUCAAAUAGCUGAAACUCGGCAAUCUUUGCAUAACUAGGUUCAAUAUGUCUGUCCUGUUGAGUAUAUUGUUGUUGUUGCUGUUUUUGUAUUGUGCCUAUUAAUUUUUUAAAAUGGUCAAUGCAAAAAUAGCAGGACUGAUAAUCAGAUUUAGCGAGAGUUUUCAAUGACAGCUCACGUUACGUUUCUUUAACAGAUAAAGAAAAGAAGAAACUAGAAUUAGCUACUAGCUUCUUGCAGUAACAUUUGUAGUAGGCGAUUUAAUUCACACUUCGCUCUACAGAAAAUAAACAGCAAUGUACCAGGGGAGAACCUGAUUCCUCAGAAGCUUUCAAUCGAACCGGCACGCCUCGUUAUUAGCUCUUCAACCCACUCUGUAUACAGUAUAUAUGCAACUAUGGCAUACUAAGCAGCCGUGCCAAGUCAGCUUUUAUUUUAAAACAGUCUCGCCGGUUUCAGCAACUUAUCCUCCAAAACAAAAGCGUGGUGUCACUUUGUAUUGCAUCAAAAACUAUUAACAUGAGCUCGAUACCAGUGCUAAAAAACGUUCAUAUAAAUAAGAGUAAUGGCUUUGUUACGGCAUACACCGUAGUUAAACUGCUAGCCUGUACACAGACGUCGUUUUCUUCUUCUUUUCGACAUCAAUCGCGAAUACAAGAGCGAGCGCGGAGUUCGAGGAAGAAAAAGAAAGAACGUCUGUACUGUGGACAUCUUUGGGUGAAAAGAGGUUUAUUAAGUCCAUCCCAUGGCAACUUCGUACCCUCUGUUGACUUCUUUCCCCACCCCUACCCCAUUUGUGCUACGUGCGCUCGACGGUCCCUUAAGGAGAAAAUAGAGGGUCUGUGAACAGGCUAUUAAACUGCAUAACGUGGUCAACACUUUCAUCCUGAAACUAAAACAAGCUAAGUCUGCCGCCUUUUGAUAUUAAUGAAGUUUAUAUAACCUGGAAAUGUAUUUUUCUGUCUUUCUUUUCUCUCUCUCUCUCUCUCUUUGUGUUUUUUUUUGACAUCAUUGAAUUUUUUUAAUACUGUUGUAGGUCGUAAGCCCAAUGUGUACAUCCCCUAGCAGUAUUUCAGGUAUUUCGAUGUAUUUUGGAUUUAUUCAGUCGACAUGUGAAGAACACGCGAAGCAAGCAUUAUUUUAAAGGUUUUGUUUGAAGUUAAACUGAGAUAUUCUUCUGCUCUUGUCAAUUCGUGAUAAAAUGGCGUCAUUUUCACUUCACUGCGUCUCACUUAGGAUAUAUCGUAGUAAUGCAGACAGUCGAACCAAGAAAUGGCAUCAGUAAUUUGGUUUAAAAAAUAGUGGACUUUUUAACAGUUAUAAAUUGGAUAUCGAAAAAGAAAAGAGCAAUAUUUUACCCAACAUUACUUUGAAAUAUAUUUUUAUAAUUUCAUUAAAAUGGCACUUCAUUUCAUUUUCACCCGGAAAAAAAAAACUCAUGCACCAAUAGAGGCCGAAGAAUGAAUUUACGCAAACUGAAAAUUCCCCACCGCCGUCUAACGGUCCGUCCCUUAUAACCAAAUGCUCUCGAUUUCCAUGGUGAACUGAGAAAGGAAACAGGAAAAUGGCGCAUUCUCUUCUGAAUUUUAUUACUAGAAAUCAACACUGUCCAUAUUUCAUAGUUAGGUAAAGUUACUAGUCACAAUUACCCUGGUAGUUCUAAUCACAGUUUAUCCUUCUGACGUACUGGGAUUCAGGUACUUGUCCUGAGAAUUUGGAGCUAGAUGAUAUUCCUCUGAUGGUUACAGAACCAGAAUUAAACCUCCUUUAUCAGUUCUUAGAGGUAAUGUGGUAAUUUUGUAUUUGUUACUUGAUAGCGGAGCUCUCGCGCGCGAAGCGCGCCAGCGGAGCACUAUGGGUAAGAAAAGGAAGUAAUCUACCCAUCCCAGAAAAUUUGGUAAUCUCGUGACCGUACACCGCCCGCCCGCCCAAGAGACCGUCCGCCAGCACCACAGGCAUACCAAUGUAAAAUAACUCAAUCAACACGUAUGGCAACCCAAAUGCAACUCGAGGUUAUUUUGGCGGGAAAUCGCCAAAACGAGAAAAAGGGCGACAGGGAUUUAGAGCGAGAGAUGAAAAACCAAAGGAGACUUUUUUUUGUUGGAAGAACAACAUGAAAAUUUUGUGUCGCGGCGGUGACAAAAUGAGAAAUGCUAGCGGCCACCAAUGCAAGGUGAAAAUGAGCGGCAGUGAAAAAAAGUGAACAGGAACACGUACGACAUUUCCUCCAUAAAACGUGUAACUAAGAGGUUUCUGGAAGUUUCACGUUGAAGUCGUGCAAAACAACGGCAAAGAAAUGUACAAAAAAAGUGUGCUGCACGUGCAAAGUUGUGUUUGCUAAUUAGACCUAUUGCUGUUUUUCACCGGUUUUCCGGCGUUGCAUGCCUUCCCCGCUUAGCAUUACACGAUUUUAUAUUUUGUUUGAACAAACUAUAAAUAUUAUCGAGAGCUUCGCUUUUAGCCCUGGCUAAAUCUGUAUAUUAAUGAUGUCAUGACGAUAUGGAAACCUCGUGUUAAACGUUUUUUGCUUAUUUUUAUUGUUAAGUGCUUAACAAAAUUUAAUUUGCGUAUUAACUCUAAGGGCCUGUUUACAUGGAGUGGGGGAACCCGGUCUAGUGGGGUUGGUUUCUCUUGUUUUCACGCUCUGGGGGACACAAAACAAAAGAAACCUACCCCACUAAAGCGUGGUACCCCACUCGAUGUAAACAGGGUCUAAAAUUUACCCUGCAAAACGUAUCUUACUAUGAUGUUUUCAAACAUCUCAAAUAGUGGGUUAUAAACUUCUUCCGUUACGAAUCGCUGUUUAUUUAUUAUCUGGAUGAAACUCUUCUCGUGUUUCCUACAUCUCAUUUAGGCCCGUUCCACACUUACCCGUUUUAAAAAUCUUAUUUUGCCGUUUUCGAAUUUUUCGUUAUGCGUUGAGUUUUUUAAUCAUUUACUUUUCUCCUAAACAAUCACUGUUACGUCUCUAAACCAGAAACCCUAAGCUCUUGCCUUUUUUACCACUGUUAGUAGAAUCGUUUUAACAGACCGGAAGUGAUAGUGGCCCUGUUUGUUAUGUUUUAAAGUCGUCUUCUGACUUAAAAAUUUAACAAUAAGUCUGAAAGAAAAACUUCAAAAAAGGCCAACUGGUCGUGAAAACAUUCACGUCCUGUGCGAGAUCAGAUGCUUUCAUCCGCCGUUUACCCGAAGACAAGAGACGGCGUCCGUUUCUAGAUAAAGGUUUUUCACUUACCUCCAUUAGAUAUCAUAUCCUAUAAAUUCAAACAAAAUUUGGCAUCAUCACAGUGACUUAAUUUCGCCCCACAAUGGUACCUCGAUAUAACAAACUUCCACAUAACGAAGUUAUCGGUAUAGAGAAAAAUUGUCUUUAGCCCACUUAUUGUAAAAUAUAUGGAAAAGAAGCUUGGUAUAACGAAACCUUGUUAUUGCUAACAUACUUUGCCAUCCCCUUGGUCCCUCGUUUAUUGGGGCUCUACUGUAAAAGUCGUGAUCAAAGUCUGAAAGUUAAAAUUAUAAAACUGUAGGAAAUGACGGGUACUACACCUCUAAAAAAUUUCAGGCAAAUCAACUUCCUCCAGAGAUGGAAAACGAAGGUCCUUUAAGGAUAUCUAGUCCUCAUAUGAGUGAAAAGUCAGCAACAUCAGAAUCACGGCAAGGACAGGUGAGUGCCCAGCCAAACAGAAUUUUGUCUAUUUUAAGAAUGAAAUGAAAAAAAUGUAAUAACUCAUGGACGGAUCCGCCAGCACUCGACUUAUAUUUGCUAAAUAAUCAUUACAAUGUAAAUACUGACUAGAGUUUGUUGUGGAUCCACUCGCCCGAGGUUUGUAGAUCCACAACACUUUGGCAAUGUUAUGACGUCAUUUUAUCAUCAAUAAAAGGACAGACACAUAAAAAACUGGGGUCAAUUUGUUAAAACGCCAAUAGAGGAUUUUCGCUCUCGUGGCCUGUAUCUAUGCAAAUUUAUUGGAACAAAUGAGAACAUUUACAUAAGAAAAGAGUUCAACUCCAACAGGACUGGUUUGGAACACCACCAUGGCAGCCGUUUCUUUGUUUUGGAACACCAAUAUGGCCGCCCUGACGUCAUGUGAAAACGCUCUAUAUUCAUGCCAUCCCCGUUGUUUAUUGUGAUCUAAUUUAUGAAAUAUCUUUUUGGAGAAAUUAAUAGUAAAAGGGGCCAAUUACGCGGCGAAUUUAAGCCGGGGCGCAUUUUCCCAAUCUCCAGGAAAAAUGAUUCUGAAUUUCACCUUCGAAAGUCGAGCAGUGUGCAUUCCCAAGAGUUCCCACUGGAAUCAUUUUUAUGGCCUUUGUUUAUAUGAAUGUCCCUCCUGUUUUCAAAACUUGUAUGGGAGAAGUUGAUCUAGAUGGAAACGGGAGGAUCUUAAAGGAGGUGUGUCACGAAAUUCAGUCAAAUUAGGAAAUUACAAAAUGCCCGUUAAAUGAAAAGAAACAUAAAAAUAGCCGCUUAAAACUUCAAAGGAAGGUUAAAAUAACAUAAUAGAUACAACAGAUGUCACGGAUGGGCAAAACUGAAGAAGAUUGAAACGGAUUGAAAUUAGGAUUUUUGAAAACUGUUCAGCCUAACAGUUUUUCAAAGUUGAUCCCUGCUGCUUGCAACUUCAAAAAUAAUGCUCAGGAGACAUAUUUGUUUGUCUCGGAUCUCUGAUUUUGUCAUUUACAUGUAAUUUCUUUACUUACUAUAAAUUCAAAAGGUUGAGUUUGAUCGUCCGGGUGAACGUAGUCCUGAAUAGGACUGUUGUUGUUGACAGUGACUGACGUUUCGACAACCUGUGCGGUAGUCAUCUUCAGAGUCAAAGUGAAUUGUAUCACGUCAGUUGAUGGUAUUAUCCUCUGGUUAUUGAUCUGAUUGGUCAAUUAUGUCGUGAUGUUAUUGGUCGUCUGUCAGUUAAGCCGUGAUGUUAUUGGCUAUGAAGACUCGUAAUCAGUGAUUGGUGCGUUUCGAUCCGUCUAUUGUCGCAGUUAAACAGUCGUCUAUUGUUAGUCAAAUUGUUAGUUCUCCAGUUGUUCUCUCGUAGUUAGUUUUGCUUGAUCUCGUCAAUAAGUCGUUUGUACGGCGCUGGUAACUGUUGACUACGAUUCAGUGGCGUUUGUUCUAAGUUAGUAAACCAGCUUUCUAAAGUAAGACGUUGAUAGUAGUCUGAAGAAUACGUUAUACAUGUCGCAGAGUCCCAGGGUUCAAACCUUUCACAGUUUUACUAUAAAUUCCAUAGCGAUUGAGGGCGAGUAAUUAGCAAAAUUAAACAAAAUUAACUGGACUGCCGUGAGACGGCCCCUUUAAGUCCGCGAGCUGUAGAAGGUAACCUUUUUGUUUCGGUUUUAUCUAAAAUCAAUUUAAAUCCCGCACUUUUUUACUGCUUUAUUAAGAAUUAAAAGUGAGGUUAGUACUUCAACUUGAAUGCGUUUUUCGUCGAAAGUUGAAGGAAUUAUCAGCACAGUAGAUUAAAAGCCUUAAGCGAUUCUGGCCUCACUUGAUGGCUUUCAGGAGCUGCAUCUCAAUAAUCUUGAGUAAUUAUUACAAUUUUUGUUUGCUUUGACUCUGGUUUCAUGAUGUCGGGCGUAGUUUAUGCACCUUCGUAUGUGAUUUGAGACCAUGAUAUCUUGAUCUAGUAUUAGGUUAAUAUGCGUAACUUUAAAGCCUCCAUUUUCUGACUCCAAAUGGAAAGAACAAGUUAAGACUACGUUACCACAUAGAACUGUUUAUGCAAAUAAUCGUUUGAAAGUCUAUUUUCGUUUUUCUUCGUCAGGAUGUAACAACCUCACCGUGAGAGUUGCAAACAUCCUGAGCAGUUCGCAGCCAUCGCUCAACUCCACUACGGCCCUGUCUACCAAUAUAACAUCAGUCAUACAUUAUACUCCCUGAGCAUUGGCUUUGGGAAUAGAAAUGCUCCAUUUCCCCCAUCAUUCUGAAAAUGCAAGUAAAUUUUGAUAUUUUUUUCCACAGAGAAUUCUUAUUCCUCUCUCAGAGGGUUCAUUGGUCUAAAACAAGUAAAAGAAAAAAGUCUUUAUUUCACGUCGGUACCUCAAACCAGUUAUCUGGCUAACAAACCUGGUGGGGCGCAAAUUUUACUCCUCUCUUCCGAACAGUGCUCCAUUCUUUGUAUAUUUAAAGCUCCUUACAGCUAUACGGAAAGUCGAAACUUAAAGGUCACCAAUUAGGGCCUCUUGCACGCGCACUAACUAACUGUGGCAAUGCUUUAUUUUUCCAGUUACACUGUAUAUAUACAGUUAGGUUUGUUUCAACAUAAAAGUUGGUUCGGUAAUUCCCUCCCUGCCAGUUUUCCCUCUGUUCUGAUGUCUAAAAGAUUUUGUGACAUCUUUACAAGGGAGGUAUGACUCUUUUCUAGAACAGCAAGGUUGUUGCUUAAGAAAAGGCUGCAAUUCUCUCAACAGGUGAGCAGCUACAGUGAAGCUUCAACCCCAGGCCCGUCCAUGUCCCCUCCAAACAUGUUUGGAGUCGUUUCCCGACUGCCUACUAUUCUCACUAAAAUAGAAUACCCUGGUGAUAUCGGGUUCCAGAUUUCCUUUGGACCUUUGACUAAGUCAGCUUUAAAAUCUGCCACAUGGACCUAUUCUGAUGUGUGCAAAAAGCUGUACGUUAAUCUGGCCAGUUUCUGCCCCAUCAAAUUCAAGACGAACAUGUCCCCACCUCAUGCCACUGUCCUCAGAGCCGUUGCUGUUUUCAAAGGGUCCAGGAACCUUCAUGAUGUGGUGAAGAGGUGUCCAAACCAUAUGGGAAAAUCCAAUGAUGGUAAGACAACAACUCUGUCCGAGAAAUGUUCGUAAUGUUGUUCACGUCUUUUUUGUUGAUUAUGGUGCUGUAUGAGGGCAUAAUUUAUUUGUAAAGUGGCUGGCGUCGGUUCAAAAAGAGAAAGAUGUGUUUUCCUCUUCUGUAGGGUCUGCACCAGAGGAUCAGUUUAUCCGCAGCAACAACCCUGCCGCUGAUUAUCACACCUGUCCAGAGACCAUGAGGGACUCUGUGGUACUGCCAUACGAUGGACCACAAGGUAAGGAAGAUGACAUGACCACACCCAGGGCCUCCUCAUCUGCAUUACCUUACACUCUCGUAGGAACACAUUGAAAUCAGUUUUAGAAAGGAAAUUUAGUUCAAGUUCCCAGAGCUUUAGAGUGAUAGGUCAUUACCGAAGUAUAAAUUAAGAGCAUAGUUUGCAUGCACUAGACCGAUUUGUAUUUUACAAUACCACCUUGUUGUUUAUUGGUUACAGCCGAGACUACUUAGGGUAAGAA